AUGGCGCUGACGAUUGUCGGGAAGUUUUCCGUCCUGUGUGCGCUCUUAGCCUUGGGAGAUGCAGCGCCGACAGCAGAGGCAGGUGUCCUCCCCUUCGGAAUGCCUACUUAUCCUCCUCCUCUCUCUCCUGCGUAUCCUUUAGCUAGUCCUUUGUCUACACCCGUGGCCAAUGCUUUCCCUCCCUCUUAUCCUUGUAUGCAGAAGCUGACUACACUCUGCACGCAAGCGCAUCAUGUCCCCUGUACUUACCAAAUUCCCUUCACGGCUCUCCACCAAGUCCCCGUUGUAUGCAGACGCGAAGUCCAGGCCCUCGCCACGUUUCAAGCUCCUGCUGUAGCCACCUACCAUGCUCCUGCGACGGCUACGUACCACUCCCCUGCCACAGCUGCAUAUCAUGCUCCCGCCACAGCCACCUAUAAAGCACCCGCGACGACGCUGUACAAUGCCCAUAUGACAGCUGAGUACCAUGCCCCUGUUACAGCCGUGUAUCACGUCCCAGGAACAGCUGUGUACCACGUCCCUGCCACGGCCCUGUAUCAGUCUCCCUCAACGGCCACGUAUCAUACUCCAGCUACAGCUACGUACCACACCCCUGCCACAGCCAUGUACCAUGCCCCUGCAACAGCCACGUACCAUGCCCCAACCACGACCACGUACCAGGCUCCGGUCACGGCGACGUACCACACCCCCGGAACGGCCUUGUUCCAAACCCACCAUGUUGCCACUAUCCCCGCGGGCCAGAUUCACCACAGCGUCGUGUCCUAUGGCCUCCCAAUGGCACCUCUCGUGCCCCAUGCGGCCUACGGGAAAAAACGCUGA